AUGGAUAUGGAGGAUAUCACGAGGGUGGAGAUUGUUUUGGAUAGUCCAAAUGAAGACCGACUCUGGGAGGCCGACAAUUCCGGAGUGCGGAGGAUUUAUGUUGGUGGUGCAGUAUUCUUGGCAAGGAACAGGUUUGGGUCGCUCAUUGCAAGUCAGGUUCUCAAGGACGGAUCAAUCAUGUUUCUGCAUCCUCCAGCUAGGUUUCAGAAGGCCGUGGAAGAAGAUACUUCGGAGGAUACAGAAGAAGACCCUUCGGAGGACGCGACAGUAGAGUCACGCUUACAAGAGGAGGAGGCAGUGGAGUCUCCGCCACCUGAAGUCAAGCCGGAAGUCCGGGCGCAGCGCGUUCCUGGUCGUCCCAAGAUGCCUCCGAGACAGGACCCAACCAAUGCUCAGCUUGCUCAAGCAAUGGCUCAGCUGGCUCAGGUGAUGACCCAGCAGGCUGCCACUGCUGCUGCCCAAGCCGCAGCACAACUUCAGCGGGAAGCUGAAGAGAACACCAGGAGAGCUGAGGAAGAUGCCAGAAGGGCACAACGGGCUGAAAGGGAGCUGGCACAAGACCAGAUCCGCAUGAGAACUGAUUUCAAUCGUCAUGGACCACCUAAGUUCCAAGGCGAAGUUGAGCCCGAGAAAGCUGAUCUGUGGAUUCAGGAGAUGGAGAAAAUCUUUGAGGCCCUCCACACACCUGACGCUGAGAAGGUGAACUUGGCGACCUUCAUGCUGAAGGGAGAUGCUGAGUACUGGUGGAGGAGUGCCAGACAGUUGAUGACUGCUAACCAUGUGGCCAUAACUUGGGAGUAUUUCAAAAGGGCUUUCAUGGAGAAGUACUUCCCAGAGACUGCCAGGGAAGACAUGGAGAACCAAUUCCUCAACCUGAGACAGGGGACGAUGACUAUAGGGGAAUACGCUGCAAGAAUGGAGACCCUGUCCAAAUACUUUCGCUUUUUCCAAGUGCAAGUGGAUGAAGCAUACCUGUGCAACCGAUUCAUGAGGGGUCUGAGGAAUGACAUUGAGGAGUCUGUGAGGCUAUUGGGGAUCAGAGUUUUCCAACAGCUAGUGGAGAAAGCUCGUGAAGUGGAGUCGAUGAAGAAUCGCCAGAGGGGCAAGUCUGACAAUGGAGGUCCGAUCCGAUUUGGGCAGAGGCCGACCGGAAGGUUUGAUGGACAGAGACAAGCUGGUAGGUUUGAUAGGGGCAAGGCUCCGAUGAAGAAGCCUUACCAACGCCCUGCUGACAGGGUAUCUUUUGUUGGAAGAGGCGAAGCCCGUGUUCCUAAGGAUGAUGUCAUCUGCUUCAAGUGCAACCAGAAGGGGCACUAUGCUAAUGAGUGUGGGAAGGAGAUUAUAUGCUGGAAGUGCCAGAAGCCAGGGCACAUUGAGAGGGAUUGUCCUAAUGCUGCUAAGACCGAGCCAGUACUGAAUGCUACCAGGGGAAAGCGACCUUCUGCUCCAGGUCGUGUGUUUGCGAUGUCUGGCGAACAAGCUGCUGUGACUGAUGAUCUUAUCCAGGGUACGUGUGUUAUCGCUGGAACUUCUUUAAUGGUGUUAUUUGAUUCUGGUGCUACACACUCAUUCAUAGCUGAGGAAUGUGUGGAAAAGUUAGGGUUGCUAACUGCUGAUUUACCAUUCGAUUUGGUGGUGACGACCCUUGCCGCCGAUCGAUUAGUUACGCGCACGGCAUGCUUGCAAUGUCCAUUGAUUUUUGAGGAUCGGAAGUUUCUUGCGAACCUCGUCUGUUUGGAGCUUAAAGAGCUCGAUGUGAUUCUGGGAAUGGAUUGGUUGGCGCAGUAUCAAGUUCUCUUGGACUGUGCUAACAAGGCCGUAGUCUUCCCGGAUUCUGGCGUUACAGAUUACUUGAAUUCGUGCAAUUUGGGAAAGGGUUCACCAGCAUUCGUGAACUCUAUCGUGGCUGAGGCGAAGAACGACGGCGACGUACGCAACAUUUUGGUGGUGCAAGACUUUGUGGAUGUAUUUCCAGAUGAUGUGCCUGGAUUACCGCCAGUAAGAGAAACGGAGUUCUCCAUUGACAUUAUGCCCGGUACAGGACCGAUAUCAAUGGCGCCAUAUCGAAUGGCACCAGCAGAGUUGGCGGAGUUAGCAAAGCAGUUGGAAGAUCUCUCUUCCAAGGGAUUCAUCCGACCGAGUGUGUCGCCUUGGGGAGUGCCAGUGCUAUGGCAUUCAGCUAAAGGAUGA